GGUACGGGGGUCUCAGCCUGUCCAUCGAGGGUCCCAGCAAGGUGGACAUCACCACAGAGGAGCUGGAGGACGGGACGUGCCGCGUGUCCUACUGCCCCACCGAGCCCGGCAACUACAUCAUCUCCGUCAAGUUCGGAGACCAGCACGUGCCCGGGAACCCCUUCUCGGUGAAGGUGACGGGUGAGGGUCGGGUCCGCGAGAGCAUCACGCGGCGCCGCAGAGCCCCCCCCGAGGCCACCGUGGGCUCCCCCUGCGACCUCAGCCUCAAAAUGCCUG